AUGAUGUAAAUAUUUAUUUUAACUUUGCCAUAUUUAAAAAGACUUCUGAUAUUCCAUUUAUUUAUUUAUAUCAUUCUUAUAGUGAUCUAAAAAAUAAAUAAAGAUCAAAAAAAAAGAAUUAUUUAGUAAAGAAUUAUAAAAAUUAAAGUAGAAAGACCUAAUAAUUGGAGACUAUAUUAUUUUUUUUUAAAUCAAAUAUUUAUGUUGUGAUUAAAAUUCCUUUGAUUUUUGAUUUUGUUUGUAGUAAUAACAAUUAAAAUAGAUAUUAUAUCAAAUAUUGUUAUAUUAGUUAGAUUAAAAAUAGAGGAGGUUUAUAAUAAUGUAUUAAAUGAUAUUUAAAUAAACUCCAAACUCUAAUGUAUUUUAAGAUGCAUCCAAAUUAAUUAUUCCCACAUUUACUUGAAAAUAUAUGCAGGAAUUUAAAUUUUACUUUUAAUGUCUACAAUAAUUCGAUUUUAAGGAAAUUGA